AUGAAGCCUCCAGAAAGUGACUGUUCUCAACUUCCACUAUGUGAGGGACAGCCCACGGACGAAGUGGUCAUCGAUGAGGAACGACGUGAUGACGUGGCAGUCUUGACCAGUGAGAAUGGACUCUCUGGCAGCCGCACAGUCAACGGUAUCUGUCUGUCUGUGUAUCU